CUCGGCCUCCGCCGGUCAGUGUGUGCCUCGGUGGUCGGACAGGUGGGUUAUUCGGAGGGAAAGCGGUGGCCGCUCUCGCGUGGAAACGUCAAGCCUGAAUUCGCCCGAGAUCGGCGAGUCGCCAUCGACAGAUCGCUCCGCCCGGAAUCUGGCAGCCGCGUGACACCAAGCUGACAAGAUGAGGAACUCGACGCUGCUUAAGUGGGCGCAAAACUCGACGAACAAUAAGAACCAGCCGAGCAAGAAUGGAGGUUCCAACAGAAACUGGAUCCACUCGCCGGACACACUCCAAAAGGGCCACAUCGCCUACCUAGUCAAGUACCUCGGCAGCACGGAGGUGGACCAGCCGAAGGGCAUCGAGGUCGUGAAAGAAGCGAUAUGCAAGCUCAAGUUCAACCAGCAGCUGAGGAAGAGCGAGGGCACCAAGACGCCAAAAGUCGAGCUCACCAUCAGCAUAGACGGCGUGGCCAUCCAGGAGCCGAAGACCAAGACCUCCCCAAAGCGAAUCAUGCACCAGUACCCUUUGCACCGAAUCUCGUACUGCGCCGACGACAAGGGCGAGAAGAAGUUCUUCAGCUUCAUAGCGAAAGAGGAAGACGCCGAGAGGCACACGUGCUUCGUCUUCGUCAGCGACAAGCUCGCCGAGGAGAUCACCCUGACGAUCGGCCAGGCCUUCGACCUGGCGUACCGAAGGUUCCUAGAAACCUCCGGGAAGGACCUGGAGGCCCAAAGGCGGUGCAUGGUCCUACAACAGAAAAUCAAGCGGCUUGAAUACGAGAAUAACUUUUAUAGGCAGCGAUUGCACGACAUCGCCGCCAUCAAGGGCAAGGCCGACGUGCAGGCGUAUCUGGCGAAGCACAAUCUCCCUCACAUUUUGCACGUGCCGGAAGCUCCGUCGUCGCCCACGUCAUCGUCGACGGAUCCCUCUUGUCUAAACGGUGGCGGGAGCAAGCUACUAAUGAACACUUCCAGCGAUAGCAACGGAAACACGCAGAACGGCCCUCAGCAACCACCUCCGGUCCCACCGAGGAGUUUCGAGAAGUCCUUCGACGAUGACUUCAUGGGGACGGAGCCUGCACCAGUGCCUUCGGUAGGGACGAAGCUCGAGGGCCUCCUGAUGGAUGAAUUCGAGGAGGACUUCAAUCCUAGAGCUUACGAAAGCACAGCAAAUGGCGUCGCCAACAGUCAUCCGACGAACAAUGGCUCUCUGAUCAACGGCCAGCUCUCGUCUUCUGGAAACUUCUUCCCACAGGUCAACGGCUCCGUCAGUUCUCCGCCGUUGUUGGCGCCGCCGCCCAAGGCAAAGGACUCGCGAAGGCAGAACGGAGCGAAGGAGGACCUCUUCGGAAGCGUGCCCUUUAACCCGGCACCACCUUCAAACUUGAAGAGCGAGCCGAGCGAUCCCUUCGAGAUGGGAGAAUUCGACGCCACGACGGCGGCGUCGAGUCCUAGCCAGCAGGAACUAGAAAACGCCAUCGGCCUUCUAGACAAGCGACUUUUGGAAAUGAAAGACGGUUUUAGCAGAGGGCUCUCCAUCGGUACGGAUGACUUCUCCCUGGAGAGCCUGGACCCCUUACGGAAUUGAAUUGCGCGCCAUCUGAUGCGCAGAAAUCCAGGACUCGAUUCCAGCCAAUGAGCGCCGAGCACGGCAGGACCGCCAAUCAGCGUGGAGGCCGCGAGCCGGGCGGGAAACCGCGACCAGAAUUUGGCAAAGGGCACGCGUUGCGAAACCAAAAUCAGUCAAUUAUUCCUAACCCCCCUACGCAAUUCUAUUUAUGGUGAUGUUCGAUAUUUAUAUACACGUAUCUUUUAAAGCAUCCCAACCUCUCCCGACUUUUAAACGCGUAUCUUGAUUCCCCCGCGAAGGAAAGCAUUCGAUCCGUCGUUUCUGCGUCCGCCGCUCUCGGUCGGCCCAGCCCGGUUACUUUUAAAUUCUACCCCUUCUACUAACGCCCCCCCAUAAAGUCAAUUCUCUUAUUUUAACCGAAGUCUGCGGGAUCGUGAGUUAUAUCCUUGCCCGAAUACUACGGGAGAGACCUUUGGAGUUUCUAUAAAGAAAAAAAAGAAAAAGAAGAAAAAUGCCAGAUUUCGCGACGCCUAGUUCCAUCUAGUUUCAUCCAGAAUUCCACUACAUUGGUCGAUCUGCGCCGUUGGCUUCUCUUUCUGGAAAGGGGACUUCUUUCAAUGAAGAAGUCUUUUUCUAGGCGCGUCUGGGAAGUAGGAGAUUUGUCACUCGUAUUGUGGAGCUCUUCCUAAUAAUACAUUCGCGGCCGCGAGUUUUAGGAUUCUUGGGUGCGGUUAAAUGAUGAUGGGCGAUCGGGGCCUUAAUUAGCGCGAACUUAGAAUCUCGUGCCUUAGAAUCUCUUCGAAUGAAAUACCUUUAUCCAUGUGGCCACGAUGAACUUGCUGUCCCUUUCUGUUCUCUAAUUUUCGGCAGACCGCUUCGAAACGUUCUCUUUACAGAGGAAGAUUCAAAAUUGGCGCUACUAUCGGUUCGCGAGUUUGUAGCGCCGAUGGCGGCCAUUUUGAAUCCUCGAAGUCGGCCGAAGAAGUGCAAGUGGCAUGCAUCGCUUAAAAAGAAGGAAAAAAAAAAGAAAAGAGUUCAAUCGUGGAGAAAACCGGCAGAAACGGAACUUCUGGACCGCGUAGGUCGACCUUGGAAACAUAAUGCGUUAUUAAUAUGCCUUAGAUAAUUAGUACACCGAGAAACGCGAUGUUACACCACUAAAACGUUUAACGCGAGGAGACAACAAUUGUGUACAUAUGAAAUUAUGCCUUAUUAUUGUUGCUCUAUUGUUUAAGUGAUAUUAUUAGGAAAUAUAUCGUAUAAUUACUACAA